ACGUGCCUUCAUUGUAUAACCUUGUUGUUGGUGAUAUACUUAUGCUGUGAGUAAUUAUCAAAUUGAUUGUGAUUUUAAUUACAGUGGUAGUAAAUAAUGUUUAUAUAAAUAUUCAUUAGCAAUUUGAUAAAUGAAAAGCAUAUACUCAGUUAGGUCAUGUGAGACUGGCUAUUGGGGAGAUAACUGCGAGAAGAAAUGCGAGGUGAACUGUCAGGGAUCAUGUGAUUAUUUCAAUGGUGUCUGCAUCAGAUGUCGAAGAGGAUUUUGGGGUAGUUAUUGUAACAACACUUGCAGUGUUUAUUGUGAUAACUACUGUGAUAAAGUUGAUGGAAAAUGUUCUUCUUGUAAAUACGGAUUGUGGGGGGCCCUUUGCGAUAAGCCUUGUGAUGCACGUUGUACUUAUUGUGAUAGGAAGAACGGUCAAUGCAAUGGUUGUCAAUCUGGAUUAUGGGGCGACUUUUGCACAAAGUCUUGUGGUUCAACUUGUAACAGUUGUUCUCAAGAUGAUGGAUACUGUUAUAAUUGUAAAUCCAAUCUUUGGGGUUCUUCUUGCAAUAACAGCUGCAAUGCACAGUGUCCGAUAUGCAACCGUCACACUGGACAUUGUGAUAUAUGUAUAUCUGGUUACUGGGGUCCAUUUUGCAAUAAAACAUGCCAUGUUGCUUGCACUUAUUCAUGCUCUAGGUUUACCGGUCGUUGUACCUCAUGUAGACCCGGUAAUUGGGGAAUUUUUUGCGAAAAACAAUGCCGUGAGAAUUGCAGUAAGUGUGAUACAACUAGUGGCUCAUGUAGCAUUUGUAAAAAUGGAUACUGGGGUAUUUCAUGUGAAAAUAAAUGUAACGAGAGUUGUUUUUCAAAUUUGUGCUACAAAAAUUCAGGGAAGUGCAUAAGUUGUUCGGAUGGAAGAUGGGGGACAUACUGUGUAGAUUGGUGCAAGAAGUCGUGUUCCUGGGGCUGUGACAUAAAUACAGGGGAAUGCACAUGUGAAGCUGGGUAUUGGGGUAUAAACUGUUCUAAUAGGUGCAAUGAAUCAAAUUGUGAGGUAUGCUCACUGGCAGAUGGAACGUGUACAAAGUGCCUGCCAGGCUUUUGGGGCACUAGUUGCAAUUAUAAAUGUAAGUCAGAAAAAUGCCUUAAUUGCUAUAUUGGCAGUGGAAUGUGCAGUGCUUGUCUACCGGGACGAUGGGGAAGACUUUGUCAGAAAAUGUGCAGACAUGAAUGUCCAUGUUGCAGUAUUAGUACUGGAGCAUGCAGAUUUAAUUGUUCAUUUACAGUUGACGUAAUUGGCAAUAAAUUCGCAGUCGGUCAGGAGCAUGCUCAGGGAAUAAACUUUGCAACAGUAAUCAUUUCUGUAGUUACUAGUGUGGUUGUUGUAUCAGCAGCAGUUGGAAUAUGUAUCUUUAUAAGAUCAAGAUUCAGGCGGACGAAAUUGUUGAAAAGUACGAACGUGCAAAGUAAUGGUUCUCAAUCAGAAAUGUCGAGCUGCUCCACAACACCAACAUCGUAAAGAGCAGGACUUGAGAUAAACAUCAAAGUUGCGAAGCCUGUCAACUCCUCACUUUAUUAAACUUAUGAUAAACGCGUAGUUAAGUGGCAAAAGAACUUUUAUAUAUGACCACAGAAUAUGUAUUGUAAAAUUUAAUAAGUUAAAAAGAGACACAACUAAGUAUGUUCGAAAGAUGAUAUUUUGAAAUUCAAAACACUAAACAAAAAGGAAGCUUUGUUGAAGUGAAUAAAUAUAAUUUGUUUAAAUGAUGUAAUAAAAUUGAUAUUGUACAACAGUUAUAGGUAUUUCUCAAAGGACAUAAUAAAAACAAAUAUUUAUAUUAAAUUGUUCUUAUCAUCAUCAAAAUAUGCAAUAAAAUGAUAUUCGAGCCAAAAAAAAGUAAUAACUAAAAUAUCCUGAUCAAAUGCUUUAUGAAAACAUAAAUAGAAUUAGUUUUUGUCCUGGUUUCUUCUCAAAAAAGAAAUG